UGAGUAUUUACCAACCCACUUUUGCUGAAACAGGUAGAAAAGGUUUCUCUCUACAGCCUAAUAUUCUCAACAUACCACUGUCAUCAUAGUAUUUUUUCAGCAUUGGUCUAUUAUUUUUUUUUUAAACAUAUUUUUGUAUUUGUUUUCUUAAAUGACUUAUUGCCUUUUCUUGUUGGCACAAUAAAGAGACGAGAGAGAGUACUUGACACUGAUGCGUGUAAAAAUUCGUGUAGCUAAAUCGCUUUGCUGCGCUAAACUUUUACACAAGAGGGCGACAGAAAAUAUUCUAAUUUUUUUGGGAUAUUUUACUUCCAAACAGAAAUUUUUUCGACUAAAGAAUACGAGUGCAAAUAGGUUACAACCUGUCUUGCCAGCCCCAAUACUCAUGCAUUGCUGCAAGCUAACUGGCUACUAGUAGCUUCGACUUGAGGGAUUGUUCCUUAACCUGCGUGGAAAAACAAAUCGCUUCCUUCUUUUGAAGAAGAUAAAAAAAGGACGGGCGUUGUUCUGUAUUUCAUGUUCCUGGUGUCUGGUUUUUAUUCUACCAGCGGAGUUUAUCUGAAUCAGGCUAUUCCAUCGAGUAGUAUCUUGAUAUUAGGACGACAGCGGCGGGUGUCGGGAAAGGUGUUAGAGGCAGCACAGAGGAAAAGAGAGAGGAUGAUGAUGAUGACCGGUAAAUUGGUGAAAGACAUUGACAGAUAUCAAGCUGUCCUUACCUCGCUACUAUCACUCGAGGAGAACAAAUUCUGCGCGGAUUGUGAAUCCAAAGGUCCCAGAUGGGCAUCAUGGAACCUGGGUAUAUUCAUCUGUAUCCGCUGUGCUGGGAUCCACAGGAACCUGGGCGUCCACAUCUCCAGGGUCAAGUCUGUCAACCUGGACCAAUGGACACAGGAACAGAUACAGUGUGUUCAGGAGAUGGGGAAUGCCAAAGCUAGACGACUCUAUGAAGCUUUCCUACCAGAAUGUUUCAUACGACCAGAGACUGACCAGUCAGCAGAGAUGUUCAUCAGGGACAAAUAUGAGAAGAAGAAGUACAUGGACAAGAUCCUAGACAUCAACAGGCUUAGAAAAGAGAAGAGCUGUGAUAACAUUCCCAUGGAACCAGUAGUGUUUGAGAAGAUGAAGUUGAAGAGAGAAAACAGCCCAAAGAUACAGAGCCAGUCUCCGUCUAUCUCAGACCUUCUAGGACUUGACGCUCCUGCUCCUCAUGCUGUUGUAUCUAAUGGUAGAUCCAGCCCUGGAGAGAGGGGGAGUCCUGCGGCGGCUAACCCAGCUACGAUGCACUCUGACCUGCAUCUAUUCAGCGCUCUGCCUGCCUCCUCCUCCACCACCUCCACCAAGACCACGCCGGUGGGUAGUUCCAUGCCCAGGGGUUGUGUGGCCGCGUCGGUACCCGAGAACCUCAGCCUGUUCCUGGACUCAGCACCCAGACAGGAGAGGACAAAGAUGUCCAAGGACUCUAUCCUCUCCCUCUAUGCAACCACACCCGCAUGGCCCCAGAACCUGGCUGCACGAGCUGGCCUGUACAUGAACCCAGCCCAGCUGGGCUACUACGGAUCAUACCAUUCUCUGGCCACGCAGGGGGGAGCGAUGGGAGGAGGCAUGAUCACAUCUCACUCCAUGAUGUCCCUGAGUGGUCAGCAGCAGAACGGCAUGAUGGGAGAACAGCAGAACGGAAUGGUACUAGGACAGCAGAAUGGCUUUAUGGCUCAACAGGGUGUCAUGGGGCAAGCGGUCAACACAUCCCCGUUCCUGGCAGGAGUGCCCCACAACAUGAUGGCUCAGCAGCAAAGCAUCAUGGGAGCUCAGCAGAACGGCAUGAUGGGAGCUCAGCAGCAAAGCAUCAUGGCAGCUCCGCAGAACGGCAUGAUGGGAGCUCCGCAGAACGGCAUGAUGGGAGCUCAGCAGAACGGCAUGAUGGGGGCUCAGCAGAACGGCAUGAUGGGGGCUCAGCAGAACGGCAUGAUGGGGGCUCAGCAGAACGGCAUGAUAGGGGCUCCGCAGAACAAUAUGAUGGGAGCUCCGCAGAACGGCAUGAUGGGAGCUCAGCAGAACGGCAUGAUGGGGGCUCAGCAGAACGGCAUGAUGGGGGCUCAGCAGAACGGCAUCAUGGGAGCUCCGCAGAACGGCAUGAUGGGAGCUCAGCAGAACGGCAUGAUGGGGGCUCCGCAGAACGGCAUGAUGGGAGUUCCGCAGAACGGCAUGAUGGGAGUUCCGCAGAACGGCAUGAUGGGAGCUCCGCAGAACGGCAUGAUGGGAGCUCAGCAGAACGGCAUGAUGGGAGCUCAGCAGAACGACAUGAUGGGGGCUCAGCAGAACGGCAUGAAGGGGGGAGUGGCGGCCGUGCCUCAGCAGCAACAGUGGAACAUCACUCAGAUGACCCAGCACAUGGCGGGAGUGAACCUCUACGGAGCCAACGGCAUGAUGGGGUACGGCGGUCAGCACAUGGAAGGACCAACGACUCAAAGCUCCACCCACAUGAUGACAUCACACGUCUGGAAGUGAUGUCAUUAUCUGAAGAGGAAGUGAAGUUGAUGUCACUGGAGCAGCAGUGGUGCUUGGAAGGUUUUGGGGACUUUUCUACUAAACUCUCCAUCAGACAAUUAACAGGGGUGGAAGAGCAGAGUGGAGAAGUUUAUAUAAGAGCUAUUUCUAGCUCUUCUCUCCCCUCCCCUCCCCUCUCCUCUCCUCUCCUCCCCCAUCCCCUCCA